AUGUCAAAGGAACUUGCAGAUCGAAUGGACAAGGAAAAGGUCCUGAAUGAGUUGAAUGAAAUUCCCUUUGUUUAUACACAAGGAAGAGAAGAGACAGAAAGAGGAUUGUUUCGAGUCAGAGUUUUGGAUGCAAGUUUGAUCUUGUUUCGAAAUCAGGAAGGUCGAGUGGUGAAUGUUACAACAACAACAAGGAAUUUCUCUUCUCUAAUGAAUCUCAAUUUACAUUCGAAUUUUGAAAGGUUUAAUAACUUUAAUUUUUCAUCAACAAAGGACGACAAGUUGCACAUUUCAAAAACACAAAUUCAAGUCGAAUUAGAUCCAAAUUUUCAAUUCUUGGAAAAACCAGUCUAUGCUUUGAAAAGACAUGCUGCAGGAAAUAUGGGACACUUUUUAUUUGAAAAUGCAAUGAUGGCGAUCAUGUUGAUGCAGAAUUUUAGACCACCAUUACCACCAUUACCUUCUUCAAUGAUGAAAUAUGGACAGAAAGAGUGUUCUCGUUCAUUGAUGGAUCAUCACAUUCUGUAUUUGGAUGAUGUUUUUGAUCGCUCUUUGAAAAAUGAUAUUGCCUUAUAUGGUUAUGAUGGGCAUUUGGCAACUAAUAUUUCACUUCAAGUAGCGAACAUGAUUUCAAAGAAUGAGGUGUUACAAUUGUGUUCGAGAAAAGGAAAACAUUCGAUUGAAAAGUUGCCUUGUUUGAAUGAAAAUCCAGACCCAAAUGAGAACACAAAUUCACAACCUUCGAAAUUGGUUCUUAAUUCUUGUUUUUCACAUUUUCUGGUUGGAAGAGUUGCAGAGUUUUUUGUGCAUCCUUAUGGAAAUGAAAGCUCCUUCACGUUGAUGAGACAAUUAGUAUAUACUGGGUUGAAAUUAUCACCUCUUCCUAAUGAGGAAGAUGUCACAUCUGAAAUUCUGCAUUAUCUUAAAAGAAAGAACAUCAAGAUUGGUAUUCAUGCAAAAUCUAAAGGGUCACGACAUGGACGUAUUAUUUGGAAUGUCGAUGAAAUUAUUGAUUUUUUACGACAAAAUGUCACCAGCGAACUCAAAGCACUUUUUCCAAAAAAGAAUAUUGAUAUUGAAGUGUUUGAGAUGGGACGAGUCGGAAAUGUACAUGACCAGGUCCGAUUAAUUUCAGAUCUCGAUGUUUACAUUACGGAUCAAGGAAGUGGUGCCUAUUAUUCCAUAUUUAUGAGAAAAGAUACAGCCGCAUUGAUUGCACCAGAAUGUUCGGUUUUCAAUAACGAAGGAAAAUGCCAUACAGGGCUGGCAUAUGCAAAAUUAAUGACCCUUCCUCAAGUUAAUAUUGUGGAUUAUUUGGGUUUGCUGAAAGGUGAGCCUCCUUGUGCUUGUAACAAGAGACCAUGCCAUUUGAAUCCAGUUAACUGUGAUCCAAUUUUGAGACCAGAGGUUGUUGGUUCCAUGGUUGUAUCAGCCAUUAAGAGGAGAUAUUUGAAAUUGAUUGCCCACACUUUGGAGAGGUUAUUGUGA